AUGGAUUCUUUACCAGUGAUAGUCAAAUUUGGACGUGAUGAGACUGCAGAAAACUGGGAAUUUCAUCGUGCGUCGUGGCAUAAGCCUUGCUAUGCGAAAUUUAGCAGCUGCAAACUUGAAAGAGCAAAACUGAAAAGAAAACGCAGCAGUGAUUCGACAGAAACAAGCUCUCGCGGUGAGCGACAACGGUUGAACAGUGAGGUGUGUUUUUUGUGUGACAAGGGAGCUCGAGAAGAUGAUGGAGAUCUCCGCCAGGUGUCUACAUUUGAGACAGACGCAAAUAUAAGAACAAUAAUAACAGAGCUUAAUGAUUCGCGACUACGUGUGAGAAUAGUUGGAGGAGACCUUAUUGCGAUCGGAGCAAAGUAUCACCUGAAAUGCUUGAUUGAAUUGAAAAACAGAUAUCGCAGUCACGUCAGAAAAUCAAACAAGGAUAAGCAAAAUAUUGAUGAAAACGUGUGUAACUCCCGCGUGUUCGUCGAGCUUGCAAGUUAUGUCAAAAAAGAAGUCAAUUCUGGAAAACUCCUGUUUAAAUUGUCGGAGCUGCACUCUUUAUAUCAAAGUCGCCUGGAGGUUCUAGGUAAUGCGAAAUCAGUAAACAAGACCAGGCUAAAAGAGCGUUUGUUGGAAUACUUCAAGGAAGCUCAAGAACAGUUGGACGGCAGGAACACUUUCUUAGUUUUCAAAGAAGGAAUGCGUAACAUGAUUCAAGACGCCUUAAAGAAAAGAGACUUCUCAGAAGACGCACUAAUUUUGGCCAGGGCUGCUUCUAUAAUAAGGAAAGACAUUUUUAAUCGUGAAGGCAUUCUCUUCAACGGAUCUUUUCCGGAAAAAUGUCAAGACACGUCACUGCCAUCAAGUCUGAAGACCCUCAUUUCCUUAAUUCUCAAUGGAUCCAACUUGAAAAACCAAGAGAAACAAGAGUUCCCAGCAUGCCUCACUAUAGGCCAGGCCAUAGUCUUUGACGCUAAGAAAAGAUCAACUGCUGAUCCAGAGGCAAAACCAAGACAUUCGUUAGAGCGCGAGCCACCACUCCCUGUUUACAUUGGCUUGAACAUACAUGGCCUGACCAGAAGUAAGCAUCUUAUCAAUCAGUUACACCAGCUGGGAAUCUGCAUUUCCUACGACAGGGUUUUGCAGCUUGAGGAUUGGAUUGCCAAAGCAAUAUGCAUACGUUUUGACAAGGACGGAGUUGUAUCCUCUGUCUGCCUGCACAGAGGCCUGUUUACCGUUGGUGCUUUGGACAACCUGGACCAUAAUCCCACUUCAACUACAUCACAAAGCUCUUUCCAUGGUACUGGUAUUAGUAUGUUCCAAUUUCCAUCCCCAAACAAGCCGGGUGAAUGUAGACCGCCUUUUACGGUUCCUCCCUCCGUGAGUGGAAAGCAUGUUCAGCUACCUGAAAACUACAAUACUGUCCCGGCUGUAGCUACAGCAAAGUCUAACACUGUUGUCCCAGAGGUAAAGGUGGAGCAAACAAAGGUCUGCCUGGAUAAAGCCCUAGAAGUGGAAAAUGAGUGGGUGUAGAUCUCCACGCGACUGUUGAAAAAAGAAGAAAUAGAGAAAGGAGACGCUAUUGCAUGGGCAGCUUAUCACGCCUCUCAAAAGACGCCUACACAUGGGCUUCCAGCCUUGUGUGCAAUGCUAUCUCUCUUCUAUGAGAAGUCUGCUACACCCGCAAUGAUUAAGCACGGUAUGGAUGUAGUGAAGGAAGCGACAAAUUUACUUAACCCUGGUCAGAUUCCAGUCAUUACGUUUGAUCAGCCACUCUUCGCCCUGGCAAAGCUGGUCCAAUGGCAUUUUUCAGCCACUCACUGCGAAGGACAGUAUGUAGCCAUGUUGGCAGGCUUGCACACAGAGAUAGCUCUUUGGAACGCACUUGGAGAUUUACUGGAAGGCUCUGGGGGGACAUCAGCUCUAUCAGAAGCUGAAGUAACUUCUGCCGGGACUGCACAAUCGAUGUUGAACGCGACUCACCUUACCCGUACCAGACACGCCCACCAAGUCACACUGUUAACCUUGCGUAUCCUUCAACGCGAAGCUUUCUUAAGUUGUAUUGGCUUUGAACACGACCAAACAGCCGAAGCCUGGAGAUUACAGAUGAUAGCUAAAAGUCCAACAUUAAGGUUCUGGGCCCUUAUUUUGCGAUACGAAACUCUUAUUCUCAUCUUUGUCCGGGCUCACAGGGAGAGAAACUUUCAUUUGUACGUGAACGGUUUGGAAGAACUAGCACUUCUGUUAUUUGCCUUAGACCAUGUCAAUUACGCAAUGUGGCUACCCGUUCAUAUAAGAGAUAUGAAAUCUUUGCCUCGGCUAAUCAAAGAAGAGUUUGAGAUUCAGGGCAACUGGGUUAUUUCGAAAACGGCCAAUACAUUCUCUGGAAUUCCGUUCGAUCAAGCACACGAGCAAGAAAACCGGAACGUGAAAGCCUCGGGGGGUUGUAUUGGUCUUACAGAAAACCCUGUUGUCUUCAGACGCUGGAUGCUGUCAGGACAAGAGCUGUCAAGACUUCGAAAACAGUUCGAGAGCCAAUACUUUUCUGAUAACGAUCUAGAUAAUCCCCAAAACUUUCUGAAUCAUGAGCAAGGUCUAUCAACACAGAAAACCUUCCAAAGGCAGGUCACUAGUCUCUCUAGCAUCAUAAGGAAGACGGGAAACCCUUUCUUGGCCGAUGUUUCAGAUCUUGUAUCCCUAGACAGUCGAGAUUUCGCUGAUGAAUCAGUCAUAGCUGCAUUGUACACCCUUGAAGACACAGAGAAGGGACAACACAGUAACUUUGUCAAAGAAGUACUGGAGGAACGAAAACGAUCUAUUCAUGAACCCAUUAAAUUAAACAAGCCAGCACUAUUCAGGAAACCCAGUCCAAAGAUUAAGUCGAAGCAAGGAAAGAAGAUUAAAGCCCUUGAAAAUAAUGUGUCUCUUUUUGGUCAGUUGUAUAUAUCAAUGCAGAGCAGUGAAGGGGAUUUGGAAGAAUUCCUUUCUCAUGAAGUCCAAUCCUUUCCUCCCUCAUUGUCAGAAUUCGGUAAACUUUAUUUGCCGGGCACAAAGUCUGAACUGAUGAAAUGCCUUGAGCCACUACAUGAAUCUACGCCACCUGAAACAUUCAGAUGUAAAGUAUUGGAUGGUGCUGUCAUCGUACACUGCUUGUCCAUCGCUGGAACUACAACAUUCAAAGAAUACGCAGAGAAGGCUUUCAUCCCUCAUCUUCAGAGUCAUCUACAAGGAACAGAAAGGUUGGACGUUGUAUGGGACACAUACAGACCGGAAAGUUUAAAAGAGUCGACUCGUCAGAAGAGAGGAAAGGGGGUCCACAGAAAGGUAUCCGGAGAAAGCAAGUUACCACGAAACUGGUCAGAAUUUCUGCAUGAUUCAUCAAACAAGAAAAAGCUGUUUGACUUUCUUACCUAUAAAGUGGCAAACUGUGUAUUCCCCGAGGGAAAGGCGGUUUACAUCACUUCGGAAGAGUCAGUGCUAACGGUAUGCUCAUCCAGUCCCAUGCCAAACUGCAAUCAUGAAGAGGCCGACACAAGAAUUGUGGUUCAUGUACUACACGCACUUCAGCAGGGAUUGACGACUGUGCAAGUUCGCACUGUGGACACUAAUGUUGUUGUUGUCCUUACUGGUGUCUUUCACAAGCUGUUCCUGUCACAGCCCAAGGCUGAUAUUUGGGUCGCUUUUGGAGUGGGAAAGAACUACAGACAUUACAGCAUCAAUGCUCUGUCCACCAGCCUUAGCACAAAAAGGUCACAAGCACUACCAAUGCUUCACUCGAUUUCUGGAUGCGACACAACCUCUGCUUUUUGGGGAAAAGGGAAGAAGUCGUUCUGGCAAGCUUGGAUGGCGUUUGAAGAGGUUACAGACACUUUUGUCUACCUAGCUUCACAUCCUUUUGAGCCUCUUGAUUCCAACUGUGAGAACUUUCGUAAGAUUGAGCGGCUGAUCAUCCUCGUCUACGACUAA